UCUCCCUCUUUGGGGCUCAGCAGCAGAAGCAUUUUUCAAAGUUACCUGUAUGAGCUCAGAUUUUUAGCUUUUUUUCUUUCCAUGUGACUAACACAAUGGGCUGGGUAAUUGUUGCUACACUGUUCUUGUCAGUGUUAAAAGCUGCUCUUUGUUUCAAUAUUGAUCCCAUGGCUUGGAAGACCCUGAACAACUCUGCAGCAGGUUUUGGCUACCAGGUGGUGCAAAGACAAUCAGAAUUGGUCGUCAGUGCCCCACUUGAACAGUAUUCACCAAAUGACAGGGGGGAAAUAUUUACCUGCAACAUCAACAGCGAAUCCUGUACUAGAGUGUCACCUUCAGUGCCGAAUUAUGCAGUGAACACGUCUCUUGGUUUGACAUUGAAAGCUAAUCCCACCACACAGGAAACACUGGCAUGUGGUCCGACCAUUCCUAAGGACUGUACAAGUAUCACCAUGUACAAUGGUCUGUGCUUUCCCAUUACAACUUCCAAUCGUGUUCAACCAUCCAUACCUUCCUCUAUUGAAGAGUGCCGGUGGACAGAAGUUGCUUUUCUGCUGGAUGGUUCAGGCAGCGUGUUUCCAAAGGAUUUUCAAAUCAUGAAGAAUUUUGUUAAAAAUCUGGUCCGGUCAUCUCUGCAGGGAAACACACGAUUUUCUAUUUCUCAGUUCUCUACGAAUCACAUCACCCAUUAUUACUUUAAUAAUGUUUUCUCACCUCAACAAUGGGAGACUAAUAUUGACAAUAUCAACCAGUUAAGAGGUGGAACCUACACAGCAGAGGCCAUCAAACAUGUUGUUGAGAAAGUUUUCGUACCAGAAAAAGGUUCCAGUCCAAUUAUGAAGAAGAUUUUGAUCGUCAUUACUGAUGGAGAAUCUCAAGACCGUCCUUCGUUACCGGAAGCUAUACGUUUAGCUAAUCAGAAAAACAUUAUUCGAUUUACUAUUGGGGUGGGGAGUGCAUUUAGAAAUUCUGCGGCAAAAGAAGAACUGGACACCAUUGCAUCUUCUCCUUCAAAUAAUUAUGUGUUUCAAGUGGACGGCUUCGGAGCACUUGAAAAAAUAAGACAGAAUUUGCAGAACAAAAUAUUCUCCAUUGAAGGAUCUCAAAGCAGCGGCGAGUCUCUGAAAAUGGAAAUGUCUCAAGAGGGAUUCAGCGCAGCUUUUGUGCCUGGGGGAAUUCAGUUGGCAGUUGUUGGUGCAAACCAGUGGAGGGGAGGAUACGUAAAAUACUCACGUACUGGAUCCUCAGGACCUCUCAAGGGCAGUUACUUUGAGCCUGCUUUUCUACAGCCUGACAGUUACCUUGGUUAUUCUAUGGCAGUUGCUAAAACUACAAGUGGCACAGUGACAAUUGUUGGUGCUCCACGAUAUCAACACAGAGGAAUUGUGAUGGUUGUUGAUGAAAGCAUGACACAUUAUAAAAUAAUAGAUCCAUAUCCACAGCAGUUUCAGCAAUCUGGUGAAUACUUUGGGGCAGAGGUUUGUGCCAUGAGCAUGAGCAGCCAGUAUACUGACCUCAUCCUCAUAUCCGCCCCAAUGCAUAUGGAAUCCGAGAGAGAGGGAAGAGUUUAUGUGUGCCAGUUGAAGUAUUUGACAGUUGAAUGUCGCUUUGACUCUCCAUUAGUAUUAAGAGGGGCUGAAUCCAGCAAAGGAAGGUUUGGGUCUUCUCUUGCUGUGCUGCCUGAUUUGAAUACAGACGGGAUCAGCGAUUUAGCAGUUGGAGCACCUUUGGAGAAUGAUGGCCAAGGCAGCAUCUACAUAUUCCAUGGCGAAAGAAGACCAAGUAUCAAUCCCAUUUACUCACAGAGAAUAACUGGCUCUGAAGUCAAGUCAGGACUGAAGUAUUUCGGCUUGUCGAUCAGUCAGGAGUCUUUAGACCAGAGUGGAGAUAAACUGCCAGACUUAGCGGUGGGAUCAAAGGGCACAGUUGUCUUACUCAGAUCAAGACCUAUCGUCAUGGUUGAAGCUAUUGUGUCAUUCGACCCAAAGAUAAUCCCUACUCAAAAUGUAGACUGCUCAGUAGCAUUGCAGAACACAGCUACAAUCUGCUUUACCAUGACCAGUCUCACUUCAGUAUCUACAGGUUCCUCAGCUCAAGCAACAAUCAAACAUACUUUCACACUGGAUGCCACUCGCAAGGCCCCAAAGAAUCGAGCUUAUAUCACUGAUAAACAACGAGAGGCGACCAAGACCAUUACUGUUUCCUUAAAUAGGAAAGAAUGCAGCACCUUGAAAUUCUUCAUUCAGGCAUGUGCAGAAGAUGUUGUCAGUCCACUUAGCAAUGAGUUAAGAUUCAGCUUUGAAGGUUUAUCAUCUUCUUCAGGGCUCAAACCAAGUCUUGCGCAGCAGUCCCAAACUACAGCCAUUCAUUCAUUAGGGUUUGAGAUCAACUGUGGCACUGACAACCAAUGUGUGGAUGACUUGAAACUGGAUUUCAACUUUACCAGAUCCUCAUUGGUUAAAGUGGGCAUUGAUGAGCUUUUGGAUGUCACCGUGUCAGUGGAGAACAGAGGAGAAAACUCCUACAGCAGCCGCGUUACUCUCACAUACCCAGCUGGGCUCUCUUACAGGAAGUUCACAGGUCUUCAGGGAAGAAUUGAGUGUAACUCCUUGGACAGUGAAGAUGUUUUAAAGCGGGGAAAGACAGAUUGCACAAUUGACAAGCCCAUUUUCAAGAGCAACUCUAAGGCUCUCUUCAUCAUCUCCUAUGGGAUUGGAAUCACCAGUGAACUUGACAGGAAGCUCUUUAUCACGGCAAAUGCCACCAGUGGGAAUGAGGUGCGCUCCAGUUCAAGCGAUCUCUACAAAAUGAAAGAGAUUGAUGUAAAGCACAGCAUCUUUGUUACAAUUGAAAGCUCCCUCAGCUACAACAAUUUCUCCUUUGGAAAGAGUAAUUUGGAGAAACAAGUCAAGCAGUCAAUCAAGGUCACAAAUGUAAACAGGGUGCUGAAUUUCACAGUGGUGAUCAGGGUUCCAGUAAAGCUCGGCGACAAAGACAUCUGGGUGGAUUUGAAGAGUCUGCAGAUCGCAAACUGUCAAAGAGGUCAAGACGAACAGCCUGCUGUCCGAGACUUUGUUGCUCACAUACAGAAAACAAAGUCACUGGACUGCUCUGUAGCCUGGUGUACAGUGUUCAGGUGCAAUAAGUUCAUGGGAAGAGGGGAGAGUGCGACCUACAAUAUCUCUGCCAACGUUAGCUCACAGUGGAUCGAGCAGAUUGGACUUCAAUCUGCUAAAUUCCUCUUGACCAGCACGGCGAGCCUGGAGUACGACACAAACCAGUACAUCUUCUUUUCAGCGAGAUCUAACAACAACCCCCCUGUUCAGAAGGUUGAGGCAGAAAUAGAAGUGUAUCCUGAACCAGAUUUCACCAAAGAGAUUGUUGGAGGAUCGCUGGGAGGGUUGGCUUUCCUAGCUUUACUCACAGCCGGCCUGUAUAAGGCUGGAUUUUUCAAGAGUAAAUACAAUCAGAUGAUAAGUGAAAGUGCAGAAGGAGAGGAGGAUCUUGGGGCCGAUGAAGAUGCAGCCUGAGCAAAAUAGAAUAAUGUAAAAUAUCUGUGUGAGCAAUUAUUUUAGACGCAAGCUUUUUGUGGAGACGCUGAAGGCCACCUAUAGCAAUUUGUAACGUCAAAUGUGUUUGAGUAUUUCUAGAAUGUUAUCAGUAUGUUUCCUUGCUGUCAGACAGUCCUCUAUGAUGGAAAACAAAUUGAUGUGUGAGUCUAUGCUUUCUUCAUAGCCCUCAAUGAUAGAAAAAAAAGGUGACACAACAUGGAAUUGUUGUGUCUAACUCAAGCCUGACAACCAGGCAAGUAGGGUUUUUAUUCUAUUUUCAUUCGAUACAUUGAAAGAUGCUUGGUUUCGGCAGAAUUCACUCCCUUAGUCACUCAUUCAUUUGGGGUUUGGAGCCCAACCAGAAUUGAAGAAAUCCACGUAAAUGUCUUCAUUAAUACUGAGUAGUUCUAUAUUUCAGCACUAUGAAAUGAAUCUACUGAAAUACCCAGAGCAGGAAAAAUAGUUGUCAGAUACAUCAUUAGCACACACUGGUUCUUUGAUAGGGUCACGCUCAUGAAAGGGUUAGAAUUGCUUUAAGUUCCAAUCGAAGGCUGGACUGUAAACAUAGGGGCUAUUAGUGUCUAGUGAGUGAUUAUUACUAUGUGGUACAAUGCGACAGGAGCUUUAGAGUUACGUUUUACACUUUUGUAAUCCUCAGUUUGAACUGAGCAGCUUAUUAAGACUCUGACCAAAGAAACAUUUCUGUAUCUAUAUUUUUCAAGUAUUGUGCAUUAAUUGUGUAGAAUUUAAAACUUCUUUACAAGAUAACCUGUUUCAUCAAAUAAUGUACUGUAAAACCUGUAAGAACAUGCUUAACAGCUGGGUACGACUGUUUAAAUAUUUUUUAUAUUGACAUUGUGAACUGGUGUAAGAAUUCUGAAAUUAAAUAAAAGGACAUUUAUUUUA